GAGCACUUCCAUUCUUAUAUUAAUCCGUGCCAAUUCUUUGCUUGUUAUACACAUAUCGCGUAUGAGUAACAAUGACUCUUUUGCAUACGGCCAGCGCGGUGCACUUCCCAUAUCAAACAAUGUUUCACCUGGAGAUCUGGACCAGGAACCCGAGAGCGGCGAGCAGUACAUGCUGCGCGUAAUGAUGGAAGCCGCAGCCGCGCCAAAAAUCGCCGUAGCCAUUAACCGCGAGCAUCUUAUUUCCCAAACCACACUGAGCAUGCGCAGCGGCAACCGGCAGUCGGAAUGCAGCAAAGACGCGAGUGAGCUUGAGUCGCCGCCGCUACUCGAAGUGGUCUUAUCGACAGAGAAGUGGCGCCAGAACUUUCGUAAGUACUUUAUGCAGCAGAGAUCCAAGUUCAACCGCAUGAUUGCCAGUGUCGAUGUUCCUGACGACUUUGCCCUCCCGGGUAGUGGGAAUUCCCGCGAAUGGAAGACAUUUUGCUACGAGACCAGCGGUAACUCUCCAACUAACCGAGCUAUGCUGCACGCACUAGCUGUGAUGGAUCAAGCAAUGGCCCUGAGACUUGUAAAGUGGAUGUCCGCAUGGCUGGCGGCUGAUAAGCUGUGGCGAGCGGAGAGCAUCUGGCUGUGGUAUUUGAUACUCAAGUUGGAUAGCCUGCUAGACCAAGAGGACAUACAUAUGCUGCGCGAGCUCUGCCGGAAGCUGAAAGAGUGCGGCGACGAAAUAGCAGCGCUCAAUAUUCUGAUAGCCGCCGUGACGCGGGGAUACAGGCAGCAUGAUUUGGAAUGAUAGUAUAUUUAUACUCAACAAAAACUUUUUAACAUAAUAUAUCCAAGCAGCGCCAUUCUGGUAACUAUACGAG